UUCAGCAGUGAAACAGCAGAUUGCCAUGACGCUGCUGAUGGCACCUUCCUAACCCUCACAUUUUCUAGAGAAGUAGGUAUCUAAUAUGUUAUCAUUCUAUCAUUCUCCAGGAAGUCAUUACUGUAUACACAAUCAUUUAAUGUGCUUUCACUCAUUGUUUUCUUACCCAUUUGGGUUUUGUACAUGUUUUUUCUCAAUUUAUAAGAGGUUAGGAGAGGAAAUUCUGCGUAUCCACCAGGGCCUUGGCAGCUAUAAUCUGGAUAUGCGAGCAAUUACUGUACACUCACUUGUGUUCAGAUAAGGUGCCCAUGACGCGGUAUCCGUUUGGUGAUGAUGUCUUGCAGUCAGCAAGACAGAUUGAGGAGUCUGAAAAGCCCAGGAACAAGAUUGCACCAAAGAAGUCUUUCUCAUCAUGGAAAUCUGCUGCUGGCAAGUUCGAUGGGACAAAAGCAAGAGUAUUUUUUGGGAGAAAUCCUUAUAGGGGCUUCUCAUCCAGAUUCCACCCCUACGGGCACUGCAGGGCUGGCUUCACAAGGCAGUCCUUCUCCAGGCAGGAAAAUGAGCCAAAAAAUGCCCGAGGCCGGGGACACUGCAAUCCCCGGCAAUAACUCAGGUGUCUGCAGAAGGUGUGGGCAGAAACGGCAAAAGGAUGGAUGGUUGUGCCACUAUGGACAUCCCAGGCCUGGAUGGGAAUGUUAGUGAGAAUGCUCAUCAGGGAACCUCGCCUCAUAAUGAGGAAGAAGAACGUAUUAAGGCUGUCCCUGUCAUCAGAAGAGCAUCCCAUCAUGAAAUACACAAAGUUGAUGGCCUGUCUACUGUCAGAGAAAGAAUGCGAGAGCGAGGAAUUUUUGAAGCAGGUACAGAACUCAUCAUGGCGUCCUGGAAACCAGGAAGAGAAAAGCAAUACAGACUGCAUCUUAAAAGAUGGACACAAUUUUGUAGUCAAUGGGAAGUUGAUCCCUUUACUCCCACUGUAGAACAAAUCAUCAAUUUCUUAUCUGAAACUUUUCGCAGAGGUGUCGGGUACGAGUGUAUCAACACUGCAAGGGCAGCUCUCUCCUCACUAGGGAUAGUGGUGGAUGGCCGCAGGGCAGGGGACCACCCUCUCGUCGUCAGGUUGCUAAAGAGAGUAUUCAAUCUACGCCCAGCUAAACCCAGGUAUAUUGAAACUUGGGAUGUCAAGCCAGUUUUAGAAAAAUUAAGAGGCAUGAGCCCUUUACAUUCUCUUUCCUUGAAAGAUUUAACUUUGAAAUCAGUUAUGUUGUUGGCACUUAUGCAAGCAGCCAGAGUGCAAACUCUACAACUUGUUACUUUUAAAGGAUAUCAUAGGCAAGGAUUUUAGAUGUAUGUGGUUAGCAGGCAAUAUUAAGUAGUGCAGACCAAAUUUCAAAGUUCAGUUUAUCAAAGUGAAAGCUUAUGAAAAGGAUAAAAAUUUGUGUGUAUUUGAAACUUUGAAAAUGUAUGUCAGUAGAACUAAGCAUAUAAAUAUUAUGAUAAAAGCAUAACCCAAGAUACUGAUCCCUUCCAAGAAGCAGUAUUAGAAUAGCUAGUUAAUUGUUAAAGGUGCCAUAAAGUAGUUUGGGUGUCAUCAGUUUAUAAUUUCUCAAUAAACACUACAUGUUAUUCAAAGUUUUAUUUAACCACCUAAAAGCACGGAUUCUUAACAUAAUAAAGAAGAAAUAUGAAAAAUAACAAUACUAAGGUACGACUUCCACAUGGCUUUAAAACCUCAUGGGAAAGCGUACUUCAGCAGAAUAGUGAUUAGCUGAAGUAAAAUAGAUGAAGUACACGAGACUUACUGUAGGUUAGUUGAAAUGUACUUCUAAUUUUACGAAGCAAAUCACGUCUGUUGAAGGAAGCUUUCACAUGCCUCCUCUCCCACCCAUAAUUGUAUGAAGUGACAUGAAAUGAACAACACUAACCAUGGUAUUGGUGAAGAAAAUUUUGAUCAUGUGAAUUGUCGUACGCUUUAAACUCUGGCGGCGUGGGGUGACGUGGUGUAUCUCAUGUGAAAGCUUUCUUCAGCAGACGUGAUUUGCUUCGUAAACUUAGAAGCACAUUUCAACUAACCUAUGGUAAGUCUCGUAUACUUCAUCAAUUUGCUAAGGAAUAUUGGAUUAGCA